AUGUUGUCUAACAACUUGGCCGCCCUCGUCGGGACCGUCCUUGGCGCGGUGCCCAUUGUUCUGGCCGACAAUCCCAUUAUCCAAACCCUGUACUCAACGGACCCGGCGCCGUACGUCUGGAAUGACACGGUAUGGCUUUUCACGGGCCACGAUGAGCCCAACUCGGACUGGUUUACCAUGAAGGACUGGCGGCUGUUCUCGUCGACCGACAUGGUCAACUGGCGCGAUUGGGGCAAGAUGAUGGGUGUCGAAACGUUCAGCUGGGCGAGCGCCGAUGCCUGGGCCGGCCAGGUAGUCGAACGCAACGGGAAGUUUUACUACUAUGUGCCCAUUACGCGCAAAGGCUCAUCGAUGGGCAUCGGGGUUGGCGUUAGCGACACCAUCACGGGUCCGUACAAGGACGCCAUCGGCGAGCCGCUGGUUGCCAACGGCGCCAUUGACCCGACGGUGCUCAUCGACGACGACGGCCAGGCCUACCUCUAUUGGGGUAACCCCAACCUGUACUACGUCAAGCUCAACGAGGACAUGAUCUCCUACAGCGGCGACAUCAACAACGUGGACCUAUCCUCGUUCGAGGGCCACUUCGAAGAGGGCCCGUGGCUGUACAAGCGCGACAGCACCUACUACCUCGCCUACGCCGGCCACUGCUGCGCCGAAGACCUCCGCUACUCCACGGCGCCAGGACCAACAGGGCCCUGGACCUACCGCGGCCAGCUGAUGCCGACCGAAGGAUCAUCCUUCACCAACCACCCGGGCAUCAUCGACUACAAGGGCGGGUCGUACCUCUUCUACCACAACGGCGCGCUGCCGGGCGGCGGCGGCUUCACGCGGUCCGUGGCGGUGGAGCAGUUCGAGUACGGCAGCGACGGCAGCAUCCCGACGCUCAGCAUGACGGACGAGGGCGCGCCGCAGCUCGCGCCGCUCGACCCCUACGCCCGCGUCGAAGCCGAGACCAUCGCCUUCUCCAGCGGCCUGUCCACCGAGCCGAGCAGCGACGACGGCGGCGGCAUCCACGUCACGGGCAUCGGCAACGGCGACUACAUCAAGGUCAAGGGCGUCAGGUUCGGGGAGGCUGGCGCGGCCUCGGUCAGCCUGCGUGUUGCGGCCGCCGCUGGCGGCGCCAAGAUCGAACUGCGAUUGGGGAGCCAGACGGGUACGGUGAUCGCCAGUUGUGCCGUCGAUGCCACCGGUGGUGCCGACGUGUGGAAGACUAUCUCGUGUCCCCUCUCGGGUAGCGCGACGGGGCAGCAGGACCUGUUUUUCAGCUUUGUGGGCGGCGGGGACCAGAAUUUGUUCAACUUUAACUGGUGGCAGUUUGAAAAGAAGUGA